AUGGCUUCCUCCUUUCAGCUCUGCAACAUGCCCAAUCCAAAUCCGUCUGAUACCACCAAUCUGAUAGGCUCACCCGCUAACCGGCGCAGAGAGAAGCCUCAAUUAUCCUGUAAUCUUUGCAGAAGAAGAAAAUUGAAAUGUGACCGCCGCACACCAUGCUCCACCUGCGCAAUGCGAGGUCUCUCUGCGUCGUGUACUUAUGUCCCUAUCAGCGGAACUGGUUCUCGGCCUCGGCCAGAAAUACCAAAGCCUUUGAAUAUGCAAGACAAACUUGAACAGCUUGAGCAUCUUGUCAUUUCUUUGAAAAGGAGCCUGAAUGAGAAAUCAAACAAAGGUCAAGCUGCUGAAAAGGCUUCGUUGAGAGUGUCUGAAUCUCAAAGUCACGAUCAAUGGGAGUCGAAAGAUGACGAAGUCUUGGAUGGAGUCGGCAGUAUCAGCCUGGAGAAUGAUGGAGCUAAUUAUUUUGAAAGUGCACAUUGGACUGCAAUCCUUGCUGAAAUAUCAGACCUCAAGGACCAAUUUGAAGAUGGCUUUGUAGUUGUUGAUUCCGAGCCUGAGCCAGUUCUUGGGGGCUUGGAACUUCCUUUCGGGCAAUAUCAAAGCGCAACCAAGGAGGAGAUCAUCAUGGCAAUUCCGGUGAGGCAGGUAGUUGAUGAGCUGGUGAAUCAGUAUUUUCAAGGCGAAGUUGCUCAUGGGCUUAUCCAUAGCACGACGUUUCUCAAACAGUACGAGAACUUCUGGGCCAACCCCUUCGAAACACCUAUCAUGUGGAUUGGCCUCCUCUUCUCCAUCAUCUGCCUCUCCUCGUGCAAUCUUGAGCUUGCCUUAUCCAGCACCAACAAAAUAACCGGCACCACAGUACCAUCUCAGACCUCCUACUACCUCCAAAAAAUUACCCAAUGUCUCAUCCUGGGAUCCUAUCAAAAAGCCCCUCCACACACCCUCGAAACUCUCCUGCUCUACAUGAGCAUAACCUACCACCACUCCCCCGACACCCAGCUCUCAAUCUACAUCCUGCUUGGCAUCAUAGUCCGUCUUGCUUUACGAAUGGGAUAUCACGACGAUGGGUCUCACUUCCCGCGUCUCUCCCCCUACGAGAUCGAAAUGCGACGUCGAAAAUGGGCAAUCAUAUCCCUGUGGGACAGAGUGACAUCCGUGCAAGUCGGCCUACCCAGUAUGAUCAAGCCGGACAAUGUGAUACGCCCUUCUACAUACGCGGAGAUCCUAAACAUGGAUACGCUCCUCUCCAAAGCAUAUUCUUCUAUCCCGAACAUAUUGAAAAUCAAGCCUCUCGGCGAAUCACUAAGCGACCCUUCACACUUGAUCAUAUGCCGGAUCUUCUUACUUCUCGUGUUCCACAAAGCACAGAUCACAUUACAUAGAAAAUACCUUGUGCCUGCGCGGAAAGAUCAACGAUAUACUUACAGUAGAUUGCUGUGUGUGAAAGCUGCGAUAGUGAUGCUGGGGUGGCAGGAAGAGGUGGAGAGAGAGUGUGGAGUUGGGGGUAGGUUCGAGGUGGAGAAAUGGAAGAUCAGCAGUCUGGUGAGGAUGGAGUUUUUGGUUGCAACGACGGUGCUUUGUUUGGAUUUGGAUUGGGAGAUCAAAAAUUUGAAACCAGGUUCGGAUGCAGACUCGAAUUCCGAGACUGUUGAGAGGGACUGUGAAGGUAGAACGACGAGACAUAGCAAUGGGGAUGGAGGCCGUACUUAUCCGGGUAGAGCAGACAUCGUCAAAGCUCUGACGACAUCCUAUCAUAUCUGGCAAAGAUUCGCGGAGACAUCAAAGGAAGCGAAGAAAGCCGCCACCGUCAUACGGAUCUUACUUUCGAAAGCUCACAGCCAUGCUUCAAUGACCUCAUCAACGGCACCUGUAACAGUGCCUGCAAUUGCAGCGUCAAGCAGUGUGGAGAUGCGAACAUAUGCCAACUCAGCACAUCAGUCUCUAAACUCGAACCAUAUUGACCAGUUUCAACCCCAGUACUCCAAUUUUAGUGCCACAAAUCCCAUACCGCAAGAACUUAACCAGCCCCUGUUCAUGGACACCUGGCUGCCACCAGAUGUAGAAGGCGGAAAUGGUUUGGGAUUCUACCCAGACACGAAUAGUGAUCCGUAUGACAUGGCAAACUGGGGACUAGAUGAGUAUGCUGGAGGUGCUGGAGCUAUUGCGUGGGAUAGCAUGGAGGGAUUUGAGGGGAUGGGAGAGUUUACUUCAUGAGGAGAGAGGAUGAAGAUGUUCGAGACUCCUCCGGUAUUGCUGCACUGAACGGUAAGCAUUGAGUUUCGGUUAUGCACGUCUUGGCGAGGAGUUUCGAAGAAUAUUAAACGAGACGAAAGUAAACAAAGCACACACGUAGUAGGAAAACCGAAAAUUGA